AUUUGAAUGAGUUUUGUAAACGAUUUAGAUGAUCUCUGUGAUUUUAGUAAAUUAAGUCAAAAGUGGAAAUAAACAAAAAAUGAAUAAGUUAAAUAACCUUCUCCAAGUCCUUCAAAAACUGAAUCAGAUAUUACUUCAAGCAAAUGUGUGACUAAUCCAUGGAAUAAAGGUUUAAUUGUUAAAUUAUUUUAGAAAAUUAUGUACCAAAUAAUGAAGAAGCAAAAAAAAAUAUUAGUAAAACUAGAAAUCAUGCUCCUCAAAUUAUUGAUGAGGAUACCGAAUAAUUUAAAAUAAGAUUAGAACAUAUAUUAAAUGUAUUUAAGACAGAAGCUACAAGUGAAUUUAUGACUAUGAAAAGAUCUAUGUUGGAAGAUUAAAAAUAAACUAUUAAAUAAGACACUGAAAAAUAUUUGUAAAUGUAUGAAUUAAAAAAUAAUGAAUUAUAACAAACUAAAGAAUAAUUGGCUGAAUAAAUGAGAAUUUGUAAUUAAAUUACAGAAAGAUCAGAAAAAAUAGCUUAAUAUUGUGGUAAAAUGAAAAAUAAUAAGAGAAGAUAAACUGUUUUAUCAAAUGUUUUAAAGGGCUUAAAGUAGUAUUCAAAAUAUUCUUAGAAAAAAAAAAAUGUAAGAAAUAAAAUCUAUUAUAGAAUUAAAAAAAAGCUACUAAACAUUAUAAAUUAUAUUUAUAAAGAUGGAUAUAUAAUUUAUGGAAAAAUUAAUUCAAUAUUCAAAUUAGAAUUAAUUAAGCUGAAAAAUUGAAAUUGACACAUUAAAAUGAUGUUGAUUUAUUGAUGGCUAAGUUUUAAAAGGAAUAAUAAUUAUUAGAAUAGAAAUUGUUUGAAGCUACAUCUUAAUUGGAUGAAGCUAAUAAAAUUAAACUUUCAAUGUAAGAAAAUUUAAAGAGAGCAUUUAUGAGAGGAGUUUGUGCUUUAAAUUUUGAAGCUAUGAAUGUUUUAAAUGGAUCAUCUCAAUAAAUGGAAUUAGAUUCUUUAGCCACUAAUUUAUUAAUGAAUCCCUAUUAAUAAUCAAAUACUUAGUAAUAAUAAUCAAAUAUUCAUCAACCUUAAUAAUUUAAUUAAUUAAAUGAUACAUUAAAUUUAAAUGAAAGUAAAGAUUAAUGGCAGAGAUAACAUUCCCCUCCUAAAAACAUUAUUUACCAUUAAUAAAAUAGAUUAGAAACUAAUGAUCAUCGUUGGAAAGAUGCUCCAAUAGUUGGAAUGAAAUAGUUAUCAGAAAUAACUGAAAAUUAGAGCAUAAAUAUGUCUAUAUCAAAAUUAGUUUAAUAAGGUAAUACUUAAAUUUACUUAGAUGAUUUAUAGUUUGAUAAAGAUGAUGAAUAAAAUGAAGGAAAGGUAAUCAAAGUAACUUUUGACAAUCCAACAACAAUCCACACAUAAUCGUAAUCUAUUAAAAAGUAACCAGUCUAAACCAAAUAACCAUAAACUAAAUAACCAACCAAAUAGAAUACAAUAACUAAUUCAUCAACAUUUAAGAAAAAAUGA